AUUCCUCUACGUUCCGCAUGGUCAUUCACUCUCCAGCUUCCUCCGGCCGCUGUCGAUCGAACGUCCAUAACUUCAAGAGCUGGUACGUAAGAUAAACCGCCCUAUAGUUUUCAUAGUCUACCCGGAGCUCUCAAAGCUGUGAACAUGUUGCUUGUUUGACGUUGGCGUCAUGCUAUCGAUAGUAUUGACCAAAGCUGACCGCCAGUUUCGUGUCACCGGUCAAACCUUCCCUCAUACUGCUCAGCGUCUUGCAUACGCUGCCAAGAUGCAAUCAGGAGUUUUUUCUGUUUUCUGUUACUCUCCAAGUCCCUUCUCCUCCGAUCUUCGACGUAGUGGGCUGAACUCGUUUCGUUCCAGGGCCCACAACCCAGUUCCGUUGCUGGCCUUGGCCUCGAUUCCACCAUGCAGAGGCGCAAUCAUUCUCUGCGACUCCCGUUGCCGGCUCGCAGGCCCGCCAUUCUUCGGCGAAAUGCCUCCAGCUCGUCCGAAGCCUCGCAUGCAUCGCAUGCUUCCCCUCGAUCGCUUGGCUCCGAGGACCAGUUCGUAUUCUCUCCAGCCCACACUCCUUCGACCGAGAACCCGUCAUCUCGGGUCAGGGUCCAGCGGUAUACGACGGACCCCUCAGUUGUCAGCACCUUGCUCAUGGGCAGAGAAGUCAUUCCCCGUCCCCGAGACUCGGAGACCAUUCCGACCACCGCAAAUCAUCUGCGAAUAACACCAAGCAGCAGAAGUCGGCCAAUUCCCAUCCAAGCUCCUAGAGUCUGCGGGUCUGGGCCGACUCCCACAGCUGCUUCCAUCCCGCCAGAACCUCUGUCAGCAAGAGGCGAUCGUCCUGGGGGUUACUUUCCUCUUCACGAGGAUCCCAAGUCCCGUGUCCAUAUCCCCCACCCUUUCCAUCUCGACAGCGAAAUGGCUCGGAAAAACUCUCUGCGCCGGGCCGCCGAAUUCAGCAAGUCAGGCGCGAACUCAAAACCAUCUCCGCCUGUCAACGCUUUUGGAUCUGCCGAACCCCCCUUACAGGGCCAGCCGAGUGGCUCAGAUACCGCCGACACCCCAAUCUCAUCGUACAUACCGAGCGGCCACCACGAGGAUGUGGUCCUCCUUAUGGGGAAGUACUACCCUUCCAACUGGGAAAAAAGGCAUGGAAAGGCGCCACAAGACCGACCAUCGGCCAUGACGCAGCCCAAUGCUUCCGUCAUCCGGUCCGAGCCGCAGAUCCCAAGGUACCAGGGCGGCCAAGGGCACCACCGGCGGGGCUCCGACGUCAAGCGCCGACUGCAACAGUACCAGAGGGAUAUGGUGGCACAAGCCGCCAUGGCCGCUAGUGCUCUUAUUGCCAGCAGCGGGUCUGCUCAUUCGGCGGCCGCGGCGUCCCUCAGCGGAGUGUCGCUGCCAAAAGUGCAGCUCGCCGCAAAUUUUCUCAAAACCCACAAGCCACUCUCGCCCAAGUUACGUCCUGUCGGUAGUCCUGGCCCGGUCACGCCCAUGUCGCUUGAAGCCGAGAGCUAUUUGAGUCUUAGGUCGCCCGCGGGUGGCAUGGAUGCGGAAUCGCCAGAGGAUGGGAAUGGGGACCGGGAAAGCAGGAGGAAGCAAUGGAGAAAGGAUCCUGUGUCCUCACCCCUCGAGCUGAGCGCUGUCUCGGUUUAGAUGCGGCUCUCCAUGGUGGGUCUUGCAGCUGUGGAGUUUGCAACGGGAUACCACUUUAUUUGUCCUCAUACAAUAUGAUACCCCUAACUAGACCGGACGGACCAAGGCUAUGGCCAGAAAUCGGAUUCAGGCGCGGUGAUAGUAAUACUCUAGACAUUUCUCUGGCAAUUCGCUGUUAUCUUCUGGGCCUGUCUCCGACUGAUAUCCCCUGUUCGUCAGGGACAUAAGGUAGCCAAGGUACGUACGCCUUGGGCGCGGCGUGCCUCACAGGACGCGAUGAGAACAGUAACGGCAUGGGUUAUGCAAAGGUGGGGAAAUGACCGAGGAGAUCUCCAUCGAGGAGAAGCGAGAAUAUAUAACAGUAUGACUAAUAAUCAAAUCG